UCGCUCCGACCUGGACCUGGAGCUGCCCUCGCCCUUUUUGGCCGCCGCUGCCGCCGCCUCUUGCCGGCGCUGCGCAGGGCUUCUCAUUUAGGCGCCGCAGGUCCUGAGCACCGACUUCCAGGCACAGAUUUCCCAAAGGACAAGGAAGAUGGAAGAAUCUGCAAACCAGUUGCAGCCACUGAGUGAUAGUCAAGUGGCCAACUCGGAGGGCGGAUACAUAUGGCAGGUCACAGACAUGAACCGGCUGCACCGCUUCUUAUGUUUUGGUUCUGAAGGUGGUACUUACUAUAUCAAAGAACAGAAGCUGGGUCUCGAAAAUGCCGAAGCCUUAGUAAGAUUGAUUGAAGAUGGCAGAGGAGGUGAAGUGAUACAGGAAAUCAGGUCAUUUAGUCAGGAAGGCAGGAGUGCGAAACAGGAGCCCUUGCUGUUUGCGCUUGCCAUUUGUUCCCAGUGUUCAGACACAAAGACCAAACAGGCAGCCUUUAAAGCUGUUCCCGAAGUUUGUCGCAUUCCAACCCAUCUCUUCACUUUCAUCCAGUUUAAGAAAGAUCUGAAGGAAAGCAUGAAGUGUGGAAUGUGGGGGCGUGCCCUCCGGAAGGCCGUUGCAGACUGGUACAAUGAGAAAGGUGGCAUGGCCAUCGCUCUGGCAGUUACAAAGUAUAAGCAAAGGAAUGGCUGGUCUCACAAAGAUCUCUUAAGACUGUCACAUCUUAAACCUUCCAGCGAAGGACUUGCUGUUGUGACCAAAUAUAUCACAAAGGGCUGGAAAGAAGUUCACGAACUGUAUAAAGAAAAGGCACUUUCUGGGGAGACUGAAAAACUGUUAAAGUAUCUAGAGGCUGUGGAGAAAGUGAAGCGUACGAAUGACGAGCUGGAGGUCAUUCAUCUAAUCGAAGAGCACCAGUUAGUUAGGGAGCAUCUGCUCACAAACCACUUGAAGUCUAAAGAGGUAUGGAAGGCUUUGUUACAAGAAAUGCCCCUUACUGCACUCCUGAGGAAUCUGGGAAAGAUGACGGCUAAUUCCGUGCUUGAACCAGGAAAUUCUGAAGUAUCUUUAGUAUGUGAGAAACUGUGCAAUGAAAAACUGCUCAGAAAGGCUUGUAUACAUCCAUUUCAUGUUUUAAUUGCACUAGAAACCUACAGAACAGGCCAUGGGCUCAGAGGAAAACUGAAGUGGACUCCAGAUAAAGAAAUUUUGCAAGCAUUGGAUGCCGCUUUUUAUAAAACAUUUAAGACAGUUGAGCCGACUGGGAAGCGUUUCCUGCUGGCUGUUGAUGUCAGUGCUUCUAUGAACCAGAGAGUUUUGGGGAGUAUACUCACUGCUAGUACUGUUGCUGCAGCAAUGUGCAUGCUGGUCACACAAACAGAAAAAGAGUCUUCAGUAGUUGCUUUUGCCUGUGAUAUGGUACCGUUUCCUGUGACUUCAGACAUGACCUUGCAGCAGGUUUUAACAGCUAUGACUAAAGUCCCAGCAGGUAGCACCGAUUGCUCUCUUCCAAUGAUUUGGGCCCAGAAGACAAACACAGCUGCUGAUGUCUUCAUUGUCUUCACUGAUAAUGAGACCUACUCAGGACAGGUGUCUCCUGCUGCUGCCCUGAGGGAGUACCGAAAGAAAAUGGAUAUUCCUGCUAAAUUGAUUGUUUGUGGGAUGACAUCAAAUGAUUUUACCAUCGCAGACCCAGACGAUAGAGGCAUGUUGGAUAUGUGCGGCUUUGAUACUUCGACUCUGGAUGUAAUUCGAAAUUUUACAUUGGAUGUAAUUUAACCAUAAUU